UGCAAUUUAUUUUAACUUUUUCUUACGGGAAUGGAAAACUGCUGGGACAGAAAAAACCGCUGUGUGCUCUAAAACAAAAGAUAACUUCGUGGACCGACAGGGCCUGCCGGGAGUGGGUGGGGUGUAAACGUAGUCCCGGCGAGGGGGUCAUGACCCUGGACGUCAGCGGCGGCGCGCAGUUCAGUUUGGCUGUCUCGGAUCCGCAGUCAAUCUGGGGCGUGAUGUGGUCCCGAAUGAACCGAGCUGCCGAGGAGUUUUACUCUCGUCUCCUGCAGGAGUUUGAUGAAGAAAAGAAAGGAAUCCAUAAAGAUCCAUUUAUCUAUGAGGCUGAUGUUCAAGUGCAAUUGAUCAGCAAAGGCCAGCCGAACCCUUUGAAAAAUAUUCUACAUGAAAAUGAUGUAGUAUUCAUCGUGGAGAAAUUGCCUUUGGACAAGGAAGAAACAAGUCAUGUUGAAGAACCACAAUGUGAAGAAACAGCUAUUUCUGAUUUCUCUACUGGGGAGAAUGUUGGACCACUUGCUUUACCAGUUGGGAGAGCAAGGCAGUUAAUCGGACUUUACACCAUGGCUCACAAUCCUAAUAUGACCCACUUGAAGAUUAAUCAUCCAGUUGUCGCCCUUCCUCCCCUGUGGGUAAGGUGCGACAGUUCAGAUCCUGAAGGGACCUGUUGGCUGGGAGCUGAGCUCGUCACCACAAAUAACAGCAUUACAGGAAUUGUCUUAUAUACAGUCAGUUGUAAAGCUGAUAAAAAUUACUCUGUAAAUCUUGAAGACCUGAAAAGUUCACAUAAGAAAAGACACCACUUAUCUACUGUAACAGCCAGGGGCUUUGCCCAGUAUGAGCUCUUUAAGUCCACAGCCUUGGAUGACACACUUCCUACAUCACAAACUACAAUCACUUUGGAUAUUUCCUGGAGUCCUGUGGAUGAGAUUCUUCAAACCCCUCCACUUUCUUCAACUGCAGCUCUGAAUAUUAAAGUGGAAUCGGGAGAGCCCAGAGGUCCUUUGAAUCAUCUUCAGAGAGAACUGAAAUUUCUCCUUGUUUUGGUUACUGGUUUGCGGACUGGUGUAACCGAGUGGCCCGAGCCUCUGGAAGUAAAAUCUGCUGUUGAACUUGUGCAGGAAUUUCUGAAUGACUUAAAUAAGCUGGAUGGAUUUGGUGAUUCUACAAAAAAAGACGCAGAGACAGUGAAGCACGACAGUGCUGCGGUUGACCGCUCCGUCGAGUGUCUCUUCACAGUACGGGGGGAUCUGGAUUUUGCUGAGCAGCUGUGGUUCAAGAUGAGUGGUAGUGUGAUUUCAUAUCAAGACUUGGUGAAGUGUUUCACACUGAUCAUCCAAAGUCUACAGCGAGGUGAUAUACAGCCAUGGCUCCACAGUGGGAGUAACAGUUUACUAAGUAAGCUUAUUCAUCAGUCUUAUCAUGGAACCAUGGACACAGUCACUCUCAGUGGGACUAUUCCAGUUAAGAUGCUUUUGGAAAUUGGUCUGGACAAACUAAAGAAAGACUAUAUCAGUUUUUUCAUAGGUCAGGAACUUGCAUCUUUGAAUCAUUUGGAAUAUUUCAUUACUCCAUCAGUAGACGAACAGGAGCAGGUGUAUCGUGUUCAAAAACUCCACCAUAUUCUAGAAAUCUUAGUCAGUUGCAUGCUUUUCAUUAAGCCCCAACACGAGCUCCUCUUUGCUUUGACACAAUCCUGCAUAAAAUAUUACAAGCAAAAUCCUCUUGAUGAGCAACAUGUUUUUCAGCUGCCCGUCAGACCAACUGCUGUAAAAAGCUUAUAUCAAAGUGAGAAGCCACAGAAAUGGAAAGUGGAAAUUAGUGGUGGUCAGAAGAAGGUGAAAACAGUUUGGCAGCUGAGUGACAGUGCACCUGUAGACCAUCUGAGCUUCCACAAACCUGACGUUUCUGAAUUAACACUGAAUGGUAGCCUGGAAGAAAGGAUGUCCUUCACUAACCUGGUUACCUGCAGCCAGGUGCACUUCAAGUGAAGUCUGCUGAUGGAGUCCUCUGUAAGAGCCUGAAAACAGAAAUAUAUAUAAACCUUCAAAGCAGAGAAAGGAGGAAGAGCCUGAAGAUUCUCGAGGAAAGAUGAAGCUGCAGUCGGUAGCCCUGUCUCAGCUCUGGCUCCGCAGGAGGAACAUCAGGAGAACGGCAGAGAUUAGUACACACAGGGUGCAGACUGUAGGUACCACGAUCUCCGUCACCAUCUGCAUGUGGCUUCGCAGAGGCUCUGAAAUGGGAGAGAGAACACCACGAAUGAGCAGGUCAUCAUUUCCGCCGGAUACAGGCUCAUCCUGAAAGAUUGCGCUGUGUUGGGAAAAACUUGGCGCGUGGCAACAUCAGGCUCUGUAAUCAUUGUCGCUUGCUCUAAAAGAGAACAUGGUGAAUUAAAUGUUCUUAAAAAAAUUACUUGAGGGCUUUUAAAAUAUUUCACAAAGUAUGGGGUAAAGAAUGCCUACAUUUAAUUCUUCUAUAGAUAUUGGAAUAAAGUCUAAGUGUAUGUUAUACUUACCAUAAAUUCAUGUGAGGAUAUUAACAGGCGUGUUCCACGGUUGCUGUAUUUUUCACUGGGGGGUGUUUGUGAAAGAAAAAUCCUUGGGAAGCAUUUGUAACCUUUCAAAGAUGUCAUUGUGUAGCUUAAGAGGUGUGGGAGUUCCAUACUGAAAGUUUCUUUGGCAGUUCUUGCGUAGUUAAGUAAUAAUCUUGAAGAGUUGAAAGAUAAGCAUGUUUCAUGUACAUGAUUAUAGUAGUGGACAUUUAUGUAAUUCCCACUUCUGGGUUUUGUGCCUGGCACCCUGGCCACCACGAUGAUACGGCAUGAGGCCCCGCUCCCACACAAUUCACCACGAUGAAUACGGCAUGAGGCCCCGCUCCCACACAAUUUGCCGCGAUGAUACGGCAUGAGGCCCCGCUCCCACACAAUUCGCAGACGCGGCAGUAUAUUCUACGUCAUGUGUCUAGGUGGUAAAAUACCAUUUAUUUUGCUUUAAAGGAAUAUGCCUCCUUAAUAUUACCUGGUUAUUUAGAGGGGAGCAGGGCACAGUAGUGUAUUGGCCUGUAAAAAUAGCUGACUUAGAAAAAGAAAAAAGAAAAAAAACAGCUAGAUUGGUAGGAUUUGUUUCGUCUAUUACUUUCCGCCUCUGAUACCACAUUAAAGAUGGGUUUGUUAAAGCAGGAAGUAUAUUUCUCUGAUUGCCCUUAGGGAAAGACAGAAUUCAAAGAAACACAUGCUGCGUGCUGGCGUUCGGUGACGUGUGGACGCGUCUCUGUUAUUCUGCAUCUCUGAGCCUUUUCAAUCCCAUUGCACGAGAAACCUUGCCUUCCGUGAGGUCGGGGACCUUGUUUGGUGUAUUGCUGGGCUUAAAACACCCCCUAGCUAAGUUGCUCAAUAAUUACUUGCUGAAUGAGUAAAUAUAAUAUCUGGAGUAUGCUUUGCCUUUUUUUUUUUUUUUUUUACUUGAAUAUGGUUGCAUUUUUCUGUCCUUCCACAAAGCCCACUGCAACAAAAAUAGGUUUAUAAACUUGGCUGUAUGAUUCAGAAAGAAUAAAAUUAGGGCGGAUAAAAUAUUUCUCUUUUGUGGUAGAUUUUUAAAAUGUUAUUUGAAGUGCUUAUAAAACAAAUUUGAUGUUGUUUCAAAGUGAAGGAAAAAAUUCAUUUUUAAUUGUAUGUUUCGGAAUGAUUGACUUCAGGUAGAUCCGCAUUUUGAGGUUUUGCUUGUCAUAUGUAUAAUUAUGUGCCUUAAUUAUCAAAGGGAAAAAUUAAAAUAUACUCACCUGCAGCAAGCAUCUGGUUGUUGAUAGAACAAGUUUCCAAGGCUUUGCGGUACCAACUUUCCACCUAAUAAAAACCCACCA